AUGUUCACCGGCCUAGUCGAAGCGAUAGGCACCGUGACAGCACUCAAGUCCCUCGACGACUCAGCCACUGGCGGUAAUGGCACUUCACUCACGAUAUCCGGAUGCGCCAGCAUACUCGACGAUGCCCACCUCGGCGACUCCAUCUGCGUCAACGGCACCUGCCUCACCGUCACCGAGUUCGAUUCCACCUCAUUCAAAGUCGGCGUUGCCCCCGAAACCCUCCGGCGCACCAACCUAGGCCGCCUCACCCAAAACAGUCGGGUCAAUCUAGAACGAGCGCUGUUGCCACACACCCGCAUGGGCGGCCACAUCGUCCAAGGGCACGUAGACACAGUCGCCACCAUCCUCUCCAAAACACCGGAUGGGAACGCUAUUACUUUCCGCUUCCAGCCUAAACCAAAUCCCGCGGACGGGAGUUCGGUGCUGCGGUAUAUAGUGGAGAAAGGCUUCAUAGCGCUAGACGGAGCGAGUCUGACGGUGACGAGGGUGGAUGAUAGCGAAGGGUGGUUCGAGAUCAUGUUGAUCAGCUACAGUCAGGAGAAGGUCGUAAUGAGUAGGAAGGAUGUUGGGGAGGAGGUUAACGUCGAGAUUGAUCUGGUGGGGAAGUUGGUUGAGAAGAGUGUGGGUGCGUAUUUUGAGGGGAAGGAGGGAGGGUCGGCGAUGUUGGAGAAGAUCGUUGGGAGGAUGGUUGAGGAGAGGUUAGGGAAGUCGUGA